GGGCGCGCGCUGCGAACGGGGACAGUUCCGUGGUGCUGAAAACCUGCGCGCUCUUCACUCCGCGCUCUGCACCGCAAACUCCGACAACAACCAGACCCCGAAACUUAACCCACCGGACGCACCCCGGCGUGAGGCGACUUCGCGCCAGCAUGAAGCUCGCACGGGACAGGAUAUACUGGAGACUUUUCCUGUUUUCCUCGCUUUUGCUCGUGGGGACUUCGGCGCAAGGAGGACAGACGCAGUUCAUCUGCACGAGCGUGCCCAAGGAUAUGGACAUAUGCUCGGCCACGGUGCGCAACAGCGUGCCACCGGUGGCGGCGGGGGACGACCUGAAGACCACCGUUCUGCAGCUGCGCGAGACGGUAUUGCAGCAGAAGGAGACCAUCAUCAACCAGAAAGAGACCAUACGCGAGCUCACCUCGAAGCUCUCGCGCUGCGAGAGCCAGAAUGGCGGGGGCGCGGAGCCCGGGGGCGGCGGGGACGAGCGGGGCGGCCGAAGGAAAGACCCGGCGGGGGGCAGUAAGAACACCAUGGGGGACCACGUGUCCCGCGGCCCGUCCGACACCCUGGCGCAGCUCGCGCAGACUCUGCAGUCGCUGAAGCAGAGGCUGGAGAACCUGGAGCAGUUCAGCCGGAGCAACAGCUCGGGCCAGGCGUCUAGCCUGAAGGACCUCCUGCAGACCAAGAUCGACGAGCUCGAGCGCCAGGUGCUGUCGCGCGUCAACAGCGUGGAGGAGGGCCGGCAGCCUGCGCUGCUGCGCAACCAGACGGCGCAGCGGGGCCGCGUGGAGACCACCCUGACGUCCAUGCACCAGAGGAUCACCGACCUGGAGAAAGGACAGCGAGAGAAUCGGCCGCUGGACAAGUUCCAGCUCACCUUCCCGCUGAGGACCAACUACAUGUACGCCAAGGUGAAGAAGAGCCUGCCGGAGAUGUACGCUCUCACGGUUUGCAUGUGGCUCAAGUCCAACGCAUCCCCAGGCGUGGGCACGCCCUUCUCCUACGCGGUGCCGGGCCAGGCCAACGAGCUGGUGCUGAUCGAGUGGGGCAACAACCCAAUGGAGCUGCUGGUCAACGACAAGGUCGCGAAGCUUCCCUUCAUCAUUAACGACGGCAAGUGGCACCACAUCUGCGUGACGUGGACGACGCGUGACGGGGUGUGGGAAGCGUUCCAGGACGGAGUCAUGAGGGGGAGUGGCGAGAACCUUGCCCCGUAUCAUCCAAUCAAACCGCAGGGAUUACUCAUCCUGGGCCAAGAGCAGGACACGUACGGCGGCGGCUUCGACGCCACUCAGGCCUUCGUGGGCGACCUGGCAAACUUCCACAUUUGGGACCGCAAGCUGUCGGUGGGCGAGAUCUACAACCUGUCCACCUGCAGCAGCAAGGCCCAGGUGGGCAACGUCUUCUCCUGGCUGGAGACCAGCCUGGACGUGUACGGAGGCGCCUCCAAGUGGACCUUCGAAGCCUGCCGCCAGCUCAACUGAACCGGGGCCUGGCCCCUCAACUCGACCUCCACUGACCCCACCACACACACCCUCUACCCUCCUGGGGGUCUGACCAGCCAAUGAGGACAUGGGGAGGGGAGGGGGGGGGGGGGGGGGGUAUCAAAGCCACCGUUGUCAUGGUUACCCACAGAUGAACAGUUUAACUUUUUGACAGUUGGACGGUUUAACUUUUUGACAGUCGAACAGUUGGACAGUUGGACAGUCGGACAGUUGAACAGUUGGACAGUUGGACAGUUGACGGUCGAAGCGGUGUCCGGAUCUAACUUUGGGGGCGUGCGGGAGUGUUAUCUGGUGAACUAAGGACACCUGAUACUAGAGUCAUAUUUUGGCUUUCGGAAAGAGGAAGAUUUUCAUGAAGUGGACUUUUGACAAACGGUGGGGCUUUGACGUGAGGCGGUUCCGACCGCGGUCCCGGGUUCCAUUCUGAAGCCAAGCCGCCUGUUGCCGUCGUGAUGGUCGGUAACCAUCGGUAACCCGGCCCGACGCAACGCCGGCCUUGUGCCACCAUGACAGGCCCAAGUUUGAGGAGGACCGCCUUGGUUCCCCCGCUCAGACGGAGCAAGUCUCUUUUUCUUCUUCUUCUUCUUCUUCUCCUCCCUGGUCCUGCGUUAUGUUGCCGUCGCCGUCACCCGGACGUUUUCACAGAGACAUUUGACAGAAGGGUUUUUGACAGUUGGUAGAAACCGUUGGUAGAAUGUAGGUUGCGAUGGAGGGAGAGAGAGAGAGGCGGGCGGGCCAUGCUUUUCCACUGCUUUCCAUUGUCGACCGUCCCCCCUAGCUUCAGUGGAUCCAUGAGAGCGAUGUCUUGCCAACGUACGGAAACCCACAAGAGUGCCUUUGGGCCGUGGACGCAACGCAACCGCCAUCGUCUGCAGUCUCUGUUCGCCGUCUGUGUUUCCGUUGAGUUUGUUCUGUGAAUUCAGCUUAUUUUUUUUUCGAGACGAGAAAAAAAGAUUAACACGAUUAUCGGAGCAACGUGACACUUUGUAAGAUACCGAAAUAGAGUUGAUUUAAAAAGUAAGCUAGUUUCUUUGUUCCCGGCGGGGGUCCGACGGCACGGCGGUGGGGCGGGGUUCGUACUUUAGGUGGGUGGCGAGGUGUACAGGGGGGGGCUGCAUGAAACACGCCCCCUCCUGACCGGAGCUCCGCCCCUGGGUCGCCAUGGUUACGACCGUGGACACGCCCGGUCCGGGUUUUGUACCGUAUUGUUUCAUGACCCACGCAUGGCUGCACUGAGACUUGGAGAUUAAAAAUGUUCUAAUUUUAUAAUAAAAAGGAAAAUAAAAGAGA